AUGCUGGCUCCGUCCGUCCAUCCGCUCCUCUGGCUGUUCGGCUGCGUGCUGUUCCGAGGUACUACAACCUCCACAGACUCUUCUGUCCCUGCUGUAACAGGUCAAUCCCAAUCAACAACACACAGCCCUGAAGUAAAGGACCAUACCUCAGAGCCUUCAGUAAAAUCACCACCAACAACCCACUUGAAUCUCUCCUCUGUGGGUCAAACUACUACAGCCAAAUCCUCUUCCAUCACUACAACACCGCUAGCAUUGACUGUGCAAGAUGAAAAGUCCAGUGGAAGCAGAAGCACAGCAGCUUCACCACUUCAAGGUCACGAGCCCAAGAGAAGCAAGAAUACCACAGCAUCAGCAACUCAAGGCACCUCAAAGCCAGUCACCCCAACACCGAAGCCCUCUGACUACUUGCCUGUGCCCACUCCAACAGAUGAUAAAUCACCACUGACGGUGGCAGCUUUUGGUGUCAUCAGCUUCAUAGUUAUCCUGAUAGUGGUUGUGAUCAUUCUGGUCAGCGCGGUCAGCCUGAGAUUCAAGUGUAACCACUCAAAGGACUCAGAAGACAAACAGAAACCAGGGACCUCCAUGGUAUCAGAGAGCUGCUCAGCAGGCACAAGCCAGAAGGACAACAGCAUCACUCUGAUCUCCAUGAAGAACAUCAACAUGAACAACAGCAUGAGUUACCCGCUGUCAGAAAAGGUGCUAUGA